UGACCACCCACCCCCUCGUGUACAGUGUUGGCCUUCAUAGUUGCUUGCUUACAGCACUUGCCUCAACAAUUUGUUAAGACUAUAUGAGGGGUCUUUGUGUUUUGUUUGUUGGUGGAUGUUGUGAUGCAGGAGAUGGUGUUGAAGGCAAUGCUUUGUGGUUGCCUUGUCGUCCUCGUGGUUGGCUUGUGGCGAUUGGGAUGGUGUUGAUGCCCUGGUGGUUGUUUCAAUUAUGUGUUGUGUUGGUAGUAGUGGUUGUGAUGCGAUAGUAGCAAUGUUGAUGCUGGUAAAUACGAACGUAAAUUGAGGUCCUUCAAAUUGGUGAAACAAAAACCUGUUUCACAAAGUUUCCAAGUCACAUGUGCAUCUCCUGAACCUACAAAUUAUAAGAAUCAGAAUAUUUACGUAUACUGGAUGAAUCCAAUGAGCUAUACAGCUGUUUUUCACAGAUCUCCAGUUUGGGGGAGGUCAGAACGUUACAACAACAAACAAUACAAAAACACGAUAGGAGUGCAGAGUAUAGGAAAUAUAACAAUUCACUUAUAAAUAUAUACAAAUAAAACAAUUUUUGUUACCUUAUCUUGGCAAACAGCACGUGUAACCUCGUGGUCAUUUUAGAUCCUCAUGCUUUUAUUCACCGACCAAAUGUCGCAAGUCAAAAAGACAUUCUAUCGAUGCCAGUGUUUCAUUGCCCGCAUAUGGAAUAUUCUGAGACUCUCAUCCAUGCCUUCAUUACUUCUCUGUUGGACUACAUUUCAAGUCGCUCCCCUUACGGUUUCCCUGCUGUGGUCAUUUCAAGGUUCAAAACGGUCCAGAAUUCUGCUGCGAGGCUCUUGGGCCGUACUCCAAAAGCCUUUUGAGUGCAGAGGCUUCGGUGCAAUCAAUGCCAGUGAAAGGUUUGGUGUCAUACACAUAGGAUGGGUGUGUGAUGAUUUUGCCAUCGUCACACGUUGGUUCCGGUGGUCGGUCGUUCAGGAGUGGAGCCGGCGAUGGGAAUGUCCGGCUGGAUCCAGCGGAUGCGCGGCGUGAAAAUGACGACAGCCCCCCCUCGGACCAGCGCGACUGCAACCCCUCAAGCACCCGACAUUGUCCACAAAUCUUCAGUCUACAAGACGGUUAUGUUGUCCGUCCUAAGUUCCAUUGGGCUGAUCACCCUGUGUGUUGGUGCAAGGCUUCUAUACUGGCGUUACGUGAGCCUUUCAGCACAGCCUGCAGAUGAUGGUGGCGAAGCCAAUGUCAUGAACAGUGAUGAAGAAGACGCGCCACCAUCACUCUGGAGCGAUAUCUCACGAGUCCUCACGGCAAUUCGCCAAUACAUAAUGCCGCAGCCAAGGGCCGUGGAUGAAGAAGGUGAAGACGUUGCACCAGGCGGGUGGUUUAUGGAGAUUCUAACUACCUUGGUGCAAAGCUUGAAGCCUGAGCCAGGGACCAGCAGCAGCACAGAUGGCAAUGGUGAUGCCCACAAAAAGUCGCACCAUAAGGCGAAGAACCUGAAGACAGGCAAAAAGAAGGAAAAGUUCAAGAAAUUCCUGGCAAAUAAGAGAACGCAAGUGAAGAAACUGCACAGCAAAUUCAAGGCGACUUUCAAGAAGAAAAUGCCAAAAUUUAAAUUUAGGAGGAAGCGCAAAUAGUCGUGGACAGUGACUACCUUUCCUUGACAACCCCUCCCCGCUCCUCCUCUUCACUCCGAACAUUUAUGAAUUAACAUGAUCACAUCUCUCGUCAUAUCGCAUUGCCUGCUCCCUACUUCAACCCUUCACAAAGUUUAAUGAUUCCUCGUUUAGCCCAAAACAGAUUGUUUGGGCAAGGCCGGCAUAGUGGUCACGCCCGGCUGCCUUUGUUUCCCGAGUGACGAUCUUUUUGCAUUCACCAUGUCCUCAUUUGAGUUUGAGUCAACCCACAGGAGACCCACCUGUUUUGUUACCAGAACAAAGGGGAAAACACAUUUUCAUACUUCAACCCACAUGCACACAUAUAACACAGAGAUCCCCUGUAUAGCCUUAGACUGUUCGGGCAAGUGCUGUUAGCGCCGGUCCCCGACCACCUCUCCUGCCUGUCCCGCGCCAUGUGGGCAUUUCUACUUGGUGGCCUGGCUGCCGGCGGUUGCCCACCGGGCAUCGCCGGCACCGAGCGACUUCCGCGCCAUCCCUCGAAACCGUUGGGCCGCUCCGUCACCCGCGUCUGGCGGCUCCUUUUCCGGGCCACUUGGCUGCCAAGGCAUCGGCAGCCCCGGGACAUCGGGGCUUUGUGCGGUCCGAAGGAUGGAAGGUCGAGCUCCGGGCCGGGGGAGUCUUCACCAUAUCAGCAUGCCGGGCACGGAGGGAAGCUUCGCGUCCGUGGAAAGCAAGCCGGGCCGAGGCUGCGGGUUCUUCCUUGUCGCGGGCCCCGGCCAGGACUCCACUGCUGCACUGCGUGGACAUUGCGGAACUCGUCGGUGGUGUGGGGGGCUCCAUCGCCGUGGGCCCCUUCUCCCUCCUGGCUCCAGCCCCUCGCCCCGCCCCCCUUUGUCUUUCCAAUGCAAUUUUGGCCAACUACCUUUCAAUGUAUCUUUUCAAAUGAUUGUUAUGCUAGGUACAAUUGUAUAAUUGCUGUACAGCGCCUUGUUAAAGGCACUAUGUAAAUAUCAUUAAGAUAAGAUGCACACUUGCGCAAAUGCUGAUAUACAUGUAACAUGAAAAAGCUAAUUUUAUUUGCAAUGUAUUUACAAUGUCAUGUUGCUUCUGUUGAACAAUGCAAUAUUCACAUGUACAUAUAUGAUUCUGCAGCUUCACACGUGGUCACUCCUGCGAAUGAUCUGUUUAAUUCCCAGCCAGUUCCGUCAACCCAGGCUUGGCUCAGAGCUCACAUCCUCCUCACUCGAGCUUUUUUUACUGCUUGUAGUGCAUUGCGCAUUGGGAUCCUAGGAUGGAAUGCGCAUUAUAAAUUUUAAUUAUUUUUUUAGAUUAGAGGAAUCUGAUGAGAUACGAAGCUCUUUUUCACAUGUCCAGUAGGGGUGGGUCAAGGCCCUGGUUUCAAUACUGGUAAUAGAAAACAGCACUUGAGUUUGUACUUCCUACCUUGGGGCCACUUCUCCUCACCACUGGUUUCUGAGUCAUCGAGUGGCCCAUCACUACGAUGCUGAAUUGACACCAAGUGCUCUGAUGCUCAAUGUUGGCCCCACUCAAGCUAUUGGGGCUAACAAUCCACCACCCUGGAUAUUCCAUUCACAAUAGUAAUUUGGGGUUGACAAUCCAAGGUUCAAUUAUUUGUUAAAUAUUGCCUUGAAUGAUUUCCGCUCGUGGCUGCAAGUCUAAUACCCGUAUGACUUGUUUCCAUGCAUCAGCAAUAUCACCCUCCAUGGUCAUUCCACUGCUGGAUAAAGACCUCCCGAAGCCAUAUUAAUAUUUCAUGAUCCCCACCGGAGGGCCACUAGAGUGAAGCUGGACCGUACGCUAACAUUCCAUGACAAACUCAAAAAGGUAGCCUCCAAGACCAAAACAAGGGUCAACCUGGUCCAGAAACUGCCAAGCACACGCUGGGCAGCAUCAGCACCAGUGCUGCGGACUAUCAGCGAUGGCCCUUGUGUGCUCUGUAGCCGAAUACUGUUCACCAGUAUGGACCAAAAGUAGUCACCACUCGACUUGUUCAUGUCAAACUGAACACUGCAAUGCAGUGGAUCACUGGAACCCUCAAGUCAACACCAACACCCUUGGCUCCCCGUGCUGUUACACAUCUCUCCCCCACCCAUCCGCUGCAACACUGCAAA